CAGGACCAGCACCGGCCUUGGCGUACCGAGAAUUCAGGAUUACAUGACAUCAUUCCACGAUUGAUAUUGAUACACACCCUCGCGGACAUUACGAAGUCAUUACCAUUUCGCAUACGUGGGGUAGAGUGAGCGCCAAGAAUUGCCAGCGUGCAACUUUGCUGAUGCUGUUGGGGGGCGGGAUUUUUACCCUUGAGAUGGAAUUUCUUGGGCCUUCCGUUCUCAUCACUCACUCCGUGCCAAAAGAUUCUUGACAUUGCCCGAUGAGCAACCGGCGCGGGUAAGGUGCUAAAUCCCGUACAUUCCUAUCUCUGGACCUUUUCUUUCUUUGUUUAAUUUUCUUGAUUGAUUUUUAUUUCGUUCCCCUGCAGCUUCAUUGCCUUAACCGGCACAGAGUAAGCCAGCGGGCCUCCGUCCAAAUGAUAUUUCUCCUCGCGUGCUGCCCUGAAAGACUGGAAUGCCGAAGGGUCUUCAACCCGUUCUCCAGUUAUACCUUAAGCUACUUGAACCCCUAACAUCUAAAGGGGGAUCUAAUAGCGAUCCCAAUCAAGCACUGCUGACACAAGAUCCACUCGUUCCGGAGGCAGUGGAGCUACCGGAAAAAACUCCGAGGGCAAAGCGAUUUGCACAGAUUAAUGGGAAACAUUAUCAUUCCUUGGAGGCUCCGAACUUGCGGAAGUCCCUUUCGCAAUGGGACAGGGUCAGGACUUGGCUCUGUCUUGGUAAGAAAGAGACUCAAAAACAAGACCCCCAGCGGCCACAAACGGAGUGGGAACAAUGGAUCGGGAGCGUUGGGGAUGGAGAGCACAUUUUCGGUAAGACUGCGGGGAUCAUAACCCAAAAAUAUGGGGAAAUCUGCAGAAUCACGGGCGCUGGAGCCUUCGGAGUGGUCCUGCUACUACAUAAGACACAAGAAUGCAAUCCGCCCAUUGAUCGCUACUAUGCCCUGAAGGUCUUUCGUCGCCGACCCGGCCAGCUGUGGUCGGAGUAUCAAAAGCGAGUGAGCGCGGAAUUCUCCAUCGCUUCCUCGUUGCAGCACAGGAAUAUUGUGCAAGCGUUCGAACUCCUCCCUGUGGGCGGCGGUAACCUGUGUCAAUGUAUGGAGUAUUGCGCCGGUGGAGAUUUAUAUUCCCUCCUGGUGGUCUCUGGCCGCUUAGAGACGACCGAGGCAGAUUGCUUCUUCAAGCAGUUGAUCCGCGGUAUCUGCUACAUGCAUGAAAUGGGUGUCGCCCACCGUGAUCUGAAGCCGGAGAAUCUUCUCCUGAGUCAUCGUGGCUGUUUGAAAAUUUCCGAUUUCGGUAACGCGGAAUGCUUUCGCUUCGCAUGGGAAACUGACGUACAUUUGUCGAGGCAGCGUUGCGGGACUGGGCCAUAUAUUUCCCCUGAACAAUACCACGAUGAAGAGUUUGAUCCUCGAUCCGUCGAUAUCUGGUCGGCCGGUAUUGUUUAUGUGGCCAUGAGGACGGGGAGAAAUCCGUGGAAGAUCGCGAAUGGGACAGAUGAAUGCUUUCGAGACUAUCUCGAAGACCGCCAGGUCGGCCGGGGGUACUUCUUGAUGGAAGACAUAAGCCAUGUCAGCCGCGAUUCUUACAACUCAGUGGGUAAAGGAAAUUGCGUGUUGUGA